AUGGAUGAUUAUGGUGUUUCUCUUUCUUCUCCUUCCUCUAUUUGUGAGAAAUACGAUGUCUUUCUCAGUUUUAGAGGUGAAGACAUGCACGAUAACUUCAUAAGCCAUCUUUCUGCUGCUUUGAAACGAAAGCGGAUCAAGAUUUAUAUCGAUGAGGAAAUCCUUGAGAAAGGAGACGACAUCAAUCUUGCACUUCCUGAAGAAAUUCAGAAGUCCAAGAUUGCGAUAAUCAUUUUCUCAAAAGAUUAUGCUUCGUCAACCUGGUGUUUGCGUGAGCUCGAACAUAUACUCAAAUGUCGCCGAGACAAUGGACAGAUUUUAUUACCUAUUUUUUACAGAGUAGAUCCAUCUGAUAUACAGAAACAAAAAGGAAGUUAUGCGAAGUCAUUCAUAGAGCAUGAAAAUCGUUUCAAGGACACCAUGGAAAUGGUUGAUAAAUGGAGAGUUGCUUUAACAAAAUCAGCUGAUCUAUCUGGAUGGAAUUCACAAGUCACAAGGCCCGACACUAAGUUAAUUGAAGAAGUUGUUGAAGACGUGUUGAAAAAAUUGCAAAGUACUGUCUUGUCAAGUGCUGAUGGUUUGAAGGGCAUGAUUGGAAUGGAAAAACGCUGUGAACAACUUGAAUCACUAUUAAGUAUUGGGUCAGCAAAUACUCGCAUAAUAAGCUUGUGGGGAAUGGGUGGCAUAGGCAAAACAACCCUUGCCAAUGCAGUAUAUGGUCGAUUCUUUUCUCACUUUGAAAGUUAUUGCUUUCUCAAAAAUGUUAGGGGAAAAUCCGAGGAAGUACAUGAUGGAUUAGAGAAAUUACGAAACAAGCUCUUCGCUAAGUUGUUGGGGGAAAAAGCAGUUGAUUUGGAAUCGCCAUCUUUGCUAGAAAUCAUCAAAAGGAGGCUCAGGAAAAUAAGGGUUCUUAUUGUUUUGGAUGAUGUAAGUAAAUCAGAGCAGUUAGAGCAUUUAGUCGGUGACGGUGACCUUUUUGCGUCUGGUAGUAGGAUUCUCCUGACGACAAGAGAUCAAAAGAUCCUUAGGAUUAAAGGUAGCGAUGAAGUCGAAACAUCUGAGUACGAGGUUGAGCAGUUGAAUGAUAGUGAAGCUCUUGAUCUUUUUAAUUUUACAGCUUUUGAUGGAGGAAAGCCUCCCACAUCAGAAUACGCGGAACUAUCAAAACAGGCAGUGUCUUAUGCUGGAUGCAAUCCGCUAGCUAUUAAAGUUGUGGGUUCUGAGCUUCGUUCGCUUCGUGAGCCCAACAAAGAAAAAUGGAAAAUGACCAUGAAGAGAUUUAAAAUGUCCCCUCCUGCUGAUAUUAGCGAGGUGUUAAAAAUAAGUUAUGAGGGACUGAAGAAUGAUGAGAAAAAUAUCUUUCUUGAUAUUGCAUGUUUCUUCAAAGGGAUGUGUAGAGAUUUUGUACAAAACAUUCUGAAUGCGUGCAGUUUUUCUGUGAGUACAGGGUUAGAUAAUCUUAUUGGUAAGUCUCUCAUAACUAUUGAUCCUCGAGGUAACAAGCUUCAAAUGCAUGACUUGAUGCAAGAAAUAGGUCGGGACAUUAUUUGCCAAGAAUUUGAAAAACAAGAAGCACGCAACAGAUUAUGGAUCGCUGAACAUAUUAUUCAUGUCCUGGAGAAUAAUAUAGUCCUUAAGAAGUUAAGAGGCAUUGAUCUAAGUUACUCUCAUAACUUGACUCGAAUUCCAGAUGUUUCUGCUUCUCCAGACCUUGAGAGGAUAAAUCUUGAGGGUUGUGUAAGUUUGCUUGAAAUUCCUUAUUCACGGAUUCAGCAAAAUCUUAACAACCUUAUUGAUGUCAAUUUGAGAAACUGUAACAACCUUCGAAAAGUUCCAGAUAGAAUAUUUGACGCGGCAUCCCUGAGAAGUCUUACUCUCAAAGGUUGUUCUAAUCUUUACACUCUUCCAACAAUGAUUACAGCUAGGAGCCUGGUGUCUUUAGAUUUAAGUUCAACUGCAAUAGAGACUUUAUCAGUUGAUUCUCUCCAGAAUCUUUCUGAAUUGUGUCUCGUUAACUGCGAAAAACUUUCCAAUCUAAGUGGUUUGAAUAACCUGAACUCGUUGAAAUGUCUUCACUUACAAUACUGCUCAAAUCUCAAUAAGCUUUCAGAGCUUCCAAGUAAUAUUGAGGAUUUGAAUAUUCGUGGGACGGCAAUAAAAAAACUGGACUUCCCAUCAAUUGAGAAUUUUAAACUUAGGAUACUUGAACUAUCUGAUUGCAGCAGUCUUGAAAGUUUACCACCUCGCAUUUUUGAGUUGAGGUUUCUUGGUUCUCUUUUUCUCUUUCGGUGCACAAAGGUGAAGAACCUUCCGGAUAUCCCCAAACCAAUGGAAAGCUUAACAUAUCUUUGCAUAGCCAAAACAAAGAUUGGAAAGCUUCCCUCGUCAUUUGGAAAUCUAAUUGGGCUUCGCUUUCUAAUAGCGAAUGAUUGUGAAUAUCUUGAAUUUGACCCAGAAAUCAUCUUUAACAUGCCUAAGCUUGCGACUCUCGAACUUUUUAACUGUCCAAAACUUGGAAGUUUUACUUUCCACGGGGUAGAUUUGGUAAAUAUUCUUGUUAAAUGCUCUAAUUUAAAGAAAAUCCCUGAAAGCAUCAAAGACGCUUCUAAGCUGAGAAGACUUCUCUUGAAAGAUUGCCGUGAUCUUCGUUCUAUACCGGCUCCUCCGAUGAGUCUAGAAUCUCUUGAUGCAAGUGGAUGCACAUUGUUGGAGGAGGUGUCAAUAUCAGAAAGAGCACUCACACAAGAGUUUGAGAACAAUUAUCCCAUUACAAAGAGUGCUUUAAUACUCUAUGAUUGCUUGAAAUUGGGUCAAAAGGCACUGGACAACAUUAUAACUGAAUUCCGGCGUAGAGUUUUGCGCAUGGCUACCCGAUUUGCAUCCCUAGAACAUCAGGAAGGAUAUCCUAUAAUUCGUACGUGUUGUUGUCCUGGAAAUGAAAUUCCAGAGUGGUUCAAUCAUCAAUCAGAGGGACGUCGGAUUGAGAUUAUGCUUCCCCAUAACAACUUCUUGGGUUUUGUGCUGUGUGCUGUAGGGGACACUUACAAAGAUGCUGAGUACUUGGAUUUAGUCUGUGAAUUACAAUUGCAGGGGAGGAACUACAGUCGCAUCUCGUUUGACGAACAUUCGGAGUUUAGUUGUGAAUUGCCAACUGGAUCAGUCUCAGAUCAUUUGUACAUGUGGUUUGAACCUCAAGACUAUAGUGAACAUAAUUACACCGAUGAAGUAACUGUGUCAUUUGAAUUUUCAUUCAUUGAAUACGAUGAGGCAGGAAUUCUUGAUAUUGUGUCUCCAAACUGUCAAGUGAAAAAGUGCGGGAUCCACGUUCUAUAUAGCAAAGAUUUAAAGAAAUGCAAUUUAACUCCUUCUGAGGCAAAAGAGAAGGCAAGAAACAAGUCGGCUGCAACCCUUGACAAGUCUAAAUCAUCAGGCCCGACUGAGACGGAUGAAUUUACAACCCUCGACUGA